UCCCUCCCUAAAACCCUGAACCCUGCAGAAACAUCUCCCCCCAUUUCAUAAGUAUCGCCCAUCCUCGUCUCUCUCUCUCUCCUCUCGUGAGUUGCUCCAAUGGCGACGCUGAGCUGCUCCUCUCUUCUCGGCCCCAAAACCCUACUUUCCUUCCCUUUUCCCAACCCUACCCCUCUACGCCGCACCUCGAUGCUCCCGCGGCCCGCCCUCCCCUCCCCUCUCCGCCCCGGCCUCUCGGCCCCUGUCUCCUCCCGCCACCGGUGCGCCGCCCGUCCGGGGAAUCGCGCCGCGGCGGUUGUCCGGGCGAUGGCGGUGGAUGGGGACUACUCCUCGAGGAGGAGCAGUAGCAGCGAGCCGCGGGAGACGAUCCUCCUCCCCGGAUGCGAUUACAACCACUGGCUCGUCGUCAUGGAGUUCCCCAAGGAUCCGGCGCCCAACCGGGAGCAGAUGAUCGAGACCUAUCUCAACACCCUUGCCACAGUUCUUGGAAGUUCCCCUACCCCCUGGCACUUUUACAGCAUGGAAGAAGCCAAGAAGAACAUGUAUGCCUUUAGCACUACUACUUAUACAGGCUUUCAAUGUACUGUAUCUGAAGAAACAUCUGAAAAAUUCAAGGGAUUGCCAGGUGUUCUUUGGGUUCUGCCAGAUUCGUAUAUAGAUGUAAAAAACAAAGAUUAUGGAGGUGAUAAAUAUAUAAAUGGGGAGAUAAUUCCAUGUAAAUACCCUACUUAUCAACCAAAGCAAAGGAGUGGAUCAAAAUACGGGAGCAGAAGGUAUGAAAGACGGAGGGAUGGCCCCCCAGCAGAACGUAGAAGACCAAGACAAGAAACACCUCAGCCUGAAUCAGCUUCUUGAUGUGUAAACUCCACAUCACCUGCUUCAUUAUACCUGCAGGCAUAUUGGAAUCAUGAGGUCCUUCCUCUUUGCAGCACAUGUUAUCACGAUGGAGAAGUCAGUGACUUUUGAUCGGCUCAUGCAGCUUGUGGCAACAUAUGUGCAAUUUUUAUUCAUGAAACAUUAGUUGCAGUAAUAGUAACAAGUUGAAGAGGUAUAAAUAUUAAAUAGUCUAAAUGUUUUGUGGGUCUUUGCAGUCAUUGCAGGCAUUAGUGCGGAAUAGCUCUUUGUGAAGGAAGAAAGUAGUUAUGAAUAAGUAUUUUCAGUCCAUUGUUGUGUCAAGUAAAACAUGUGAAAUUAUGGACGUAGGAUCUCACCAAUACACUGAGAUAUCUCCCUAAUGAUUCUGUUGGCUGGAAGUUUGUGUUUUCAACUUAGGUAAUGUCUGAAAUGCAUUACAAUGUUAUAUAUGAAUUCUUAUCAUAUUCAGAAUAUGUCUUUCAAUAGAUUGUGCUA